AUGUGGACACCUGCGGGCUGGCUCCAAGCACUGCUCGCUGGGCGGUUCCCAUACUUGCAGACUCACAGCGGCGUCAGCGCCAACCCCUCCAAGGGGCAGGUCACCGUCGCCUCGAACGAGCAGGACAAGAGAAGAGAUGUAGACAAGAAGCUCAAGCUCUACGGUGUCAUUCAGGCCUUUAUGAAUGGCAACCUCCCCGACAACAACCAGAUUGACUCUACCCUCGCCUACGCCGAGGACAACAGCCCGAUCGACCUCCGCAAGCUCUCGCCCGCGGGCCAGCAGCUCAUUGAGGACUUCCGUGACAUCAUCGGCACGUCUCGCGAGAUCAUCGCGGCCAAGAACCCCGAUGAGCUCAUCCAGGACACGAUCUACGCCUCGGCCCACGUCGACAACCAAGGUUUCCGCGACGACAUCAAGGCCGGCGGCGAGGCUGGUGGCGCCGACCCCGCCAACAAGCAGACCGUCAAGCAGGACGGCCAGAAGGCUGCCGAGGAGAUCAAGACCCUCGUCAAGCUCUUCCUCUCCAACGGCGAGGUGCGCAAGCUCGUCAAGGAUGCCGGCGUCGUUGGACGUCAGCUCUUCGCCUCUGGCGCCUCGCGCGCCGCCUCUCGCGCUGCCCCCAGCGAUGAGCAGCUCGAGCACAUUGACAAGACUGCCGAUGAGGCUCCCCAGUCAGCCCAGGCUCAGGACCCCCAGCGCGGCAUGAGCAAGGACGAGCGCAAGCAGCACGCCAAGCAGAAGGCGUCCCAGGCCGGCAGCACGGCCAAGAGCGACGCCAAGGACACUGUUAACGAGGUCCUCCCCGAGGAGCGCCGCCAGCGCUUCGUCCAGCGCCUCAAGAAGGCCGUCGUUGAGCUCCAGCAGGACCCUCAGUACGAGGAGUCCAUGAGCUGGCUGCUCGACACCUUUGACAAGUACAAGGCUCACGGCGCUAGCGUCACCAAGGGCGCCGCCCAGGGUGCCGGCUCCAACGGCCAGGUCCAGAGCGUCACCGAGGACUGGAUCACCAUCCUCGAGCGCUUCGCCAACAACACUCCCCUCACCGGUGUCCGCAACGCUGUUGACCAGCUCUACACCGAUGCCAAGAACGACCCCCAGCUCCACCAGUGGUGGUCCAACGUCUCCAAGUACGUUCGCGCCGUCCUCCUCAAGCCCGGCUACAUUCUCGAGGACCAGUCGGACCAGCAGGGUCAGCAGCUCGUCAACCAGGGCCGCAGCUUCUUCGAGGGCAAGUACAAGGGCCACUGGGACAACCUCUUCGACCAGCUCUCGAGCUGGCUCAAGGAGUUUGACCAGGACGAGCUCAACCACCAGUUCGGCGAGGACUGGCACCGUCUUACCAAGGACCUCCUGUUCGACGGCGACGGCAAGCUCACCUUCAAGCCCGAGCUUUGGCAGGACAUCCGCCAGGUCAUCCUCCCCUCGCUCAUCCGUCACCUGGGAUACUUCCCCAUCCCGCGUGCCGAGUACACCGACGACAAGCUCGACCUCGUCGUCGACAACGUUGUGCUCUCGGGCCCCAACCUGUUCCCGAACACGAUCGAGUUCGACAACCGCAACCGCUUCUCGUUCUCGCCGUACCAGCAGAUCGGUGACAAGUCGUACAACACCGUGCGCAUUCAGCUCAGCCAGAUCCAGGCCGACAUUCGCGAUGUCAAGUUUGCCUUCCGCAAGAAGUCGGGCUUCCCCAAGCUCUCUGACAGCGGUUUCGCCGACGUCGUUGUCUCGGGCAACGGUAUUAGCGUCGACAUCAUGAUCGAGGUUAUCCGCCCUACCAGGCGCGACGAGGUUUACCGCAUCGGCCACGUCAAGACUGACGUCGACGAUCUCUCGUUCAAGCUCCGUGACACCAAGCACGACACGCUUUACAAGUUCAUCAAGCCCGCGGCCACGUCCGCCAUCAAGAAGGCCAUCUCCAAGGCUAUCAACGAUGCCAUCCGUUCAGGCCUCGAGUUUGUCGACGAGCAGCUUGUCUCCGUCCGCAACACCAUGGCCGACGCCAAGGACACUGACGGCGUCACGCGCCAGGAAGCGCUCAAGCAGCUCUACUCGCACAAGAAGCGCUCCGCCCAGGCCAACAAGGAGAAGGCUCAGGCCAAGAAGGACGAGCGCAACGCCCAGUUCGCCAUCGUCACUUCGCCCGACCAGGAGCUCUUCUCUGCCCACGGCGUCGACAAGGCCCCCGACUCGAUCACCAACAAGGCCCUCUACCAGCAGCGCCGCGCCCACCAGGGUCCCACCUGGCACUCGGACGCUUUCACCAUCGUCCCGCCUCGCGAGCGCACCGCCGCCGGCAUGCGCCACAACCUGCGCGCCGACCAGGCUACUCAGAACAUCGCGGCUGGCGGUGCCGGUGGCCGGGGCGUCAACACCAACGACCCUCGCUACGCUCAGCAAGGUGGUGUCGCUGGUCAGCAGGACCCCCGCUACGCCCAGCAGCAGCAGCAGGGCCACGGCGGCUACGGUACCGCCCUCGGCGCUGGAGCCGCUGGUGCCGCCGCCGGCGCUGCCGGUGGCUACGCUGCAGGCCACCACGGCCAGCAGGGCCAGCAGGGUCAGCGCGGCCAGCAGGGCACUGGUGCCGUCUUCGACCCCAACACGGGCAAGUACGAGAACCAGGGCAACUGGGACAAGGACCACGUCAAGCACGCGGCCGGCACUGCCGCCGGCGGUGCCAAGUUCCUCCCCUCAGCCGACGGCGCCAACUACGUCGCGACCCACCGCUCCGAGGACCGCACCGUCCACCCCGACGGCUCGUACACCACCCAUGGUGGCAUUGAGACGAAGACCCUCAUCGACGGCAAGACCGGCAAGCCUAUCAAGGAGAAGACCUCUGUUCUUGACAUGAACACUGGCCGCUACGUUGAGCAGCCUGGCUCCGAGAUCUUCUUCGACUCUGACGGCCGCCCCAAGGGCGGCUCUGGCUUCGCCGGCCAGCAGGGUCAGCAGGGUCAGCGCGGCCAGACUGGCCAGACUGGUCACCCCAGCCAGACCGGCCAGACCGGCCACCCCAGCCAGACUGGCACCGUUGCCGCCGGCCAGCAGGGUACCCAGGGCACCCAGGGCCAGCGCGGUACCACUGGUACCACUGACCACUCCGGCCACGGAUCCGGCACUGCCGCCGCUCUCGGCGCCGGUGCUGGUGCUGCUGCCGGUGCCGCUGGUGGCGCCGCUGCCGCCCGCCACGGCGACAAGGGCCACCAGACCGUCUACGACAAGAACGGCAACCCCAUCUCCCAGCGUGACGGCCGUGUCGACCCUCACACUGGUCAGUUCGUCUCUACCAACAACAACAACCAGCAGGGCACCCAGGGCCAGCGUGGUUAUGACGACCACGACCACCACACUGGCACUACUGGUACCACCGGUACCACUGGCACCAGGGGCACCACUGGCACUGCCGGCACGACCGGUGCCACUGGCACCCACGGCACCACCGGUACUACUGGCACUCGCGGCACCCAAGGCACCCAGGGUACCCAGGGCUCGCGCAGCUACUCUGACCGCGACCAGUCUGGCCGCGGUUACAACCAGUCGGGCCACUACGAUGACCACGACGACCACCACGACCGCAACCGUGCCCUUGGCGCCGGCGCCGCUGGUGCUGGUGCUGGUGCCGCUGGUGGCUACGCCGCCGGCCGCCACCGCGACCACGACGAUGACGACCACCACUACAACCAGUCUGGCCGCAACCAGACCGGCACUGGUCGCACUCAGACUGGCCAGACCGGUCAGACCGGCCGCAACCAGUCUGGUCGCUACGACGACCACGACUCGCGCCAGAACUACCCCGGCUCUGGCCGCGACAACCGUGCCACCGGUGCUGUCUACUCUGGCUCCGGCGACGGUCGCGACCGCGACUACAACAACAACCGUGGCGACCGUGGCUACAACCGCCAGACCGGCGUCCGUGGCCAGGACGACUACGACGACGACCACACCGGUCGCAACGCCCUCCUCGGCGCUGGUGCCGGUGGUGCACUUGGUGCUGGUGCUGCCUACCUCGCUGCCGAGCACGAGGAGCGCAGGCGCAACCCCGACGGCAGCUGGAGCACUGUCCGUGGCUCUCGUGCCGCGGGUGCGUACGACAGCCAGGGCCGUCCCAUCGCGCAGCAGUCGCAGAUCUACGACCCCCAGUCGGGCCGCUACAUCGACGACACCAACCAGCAGCGCCGCAUCGGCUCCAACGCCGGCAGCACUCCUCUCGGCAUCGCCGGUGGCCGCAACCAGCGUGGCGGCCGCUACGACGAUGACGACGAUGACUACAACCGCUCCGGCUACGGCCGCAACCAGCGUGGUGGUCGCUACGAUGAUGACGACGACGACUACAACCGCUCGUCCAACCGUAACCGCAAUGUAGGCCGCAACGUCGCCGGUGCCGGCGGCUGGGCCAACCCCGCCGAGCUCCAGGGUGGCCGCAACACCUCUGGCCGCUACGAUGACGAUGACUACAACCGUGGUUCCGGCUACGGUAGCCGUAACCGCGGAGGCCGCUACGACGACGAUGAUGACGACUACAACCGCUCGUCGUCGAACCGCAACCGCGCCCUCGGUGCUGGUGCCCUCGGCGCCGGCGCGGGUGCUGCUGGAGGCUACGCUGCCGGCCGUCGCAACCGUUACGACGACGAUGACGACGACUACGACAACCGCCGCAACUACCCCGGCUCGGGCAACCGCGGUACCGCCGCCUUUGGCCGUGACAACGACCGCUACGGCAGCAACCAGCGCGGCUACGACGACCGCUACGACAACCAGCGCUACGGUUCUGGCAACCAGCGUUCCGGCUUCGGCAGCGGCAACCGCUACGAUGACGAUGACUACAACCGUGGCUCGGGCUUCAGCUCUGGCCGUAACCAGCGCGGCACACAGGGCCGCUACGACGACGACGACUACAACCAGUCCUCGUACGGUCGCAACCAGCGCGGUACCUCUGGCCGCUACGACGAUGACGACUACAACCGCUCGUCGAACCGCAACCAGUCCCACACUGGCCGCAACGCCGCCCUCGGUGCUGGCGCCGGCGCCCUCGCCGGUGCUGGCGCUUACGGUGCCUCCCGCCGCCACCGUGACGGCGACAGCGACGACGACCAGUUCUACGACGCCCAGGAGCGCUCCACCCAUACCCCCGCUUCGGGCGGUGUCGGCACUGGCGCCCGCGCCCAGCAGCGCGCCGACGAGGUCGCGCAGCAGCACGGCAUCGACUCGUCCAACCGCACCGGUACCCGCGGCACGACCUCUACCAGCGGCACUACCGGAGCUGCCGCCUACGGCUCUUCGGGUCGUCAGGGUCAGCGCGGCGUGAGCGGCGCCGGUGGAGACAGCUACACUGGCGACUCGGCCGCCGACUACCCUCACGACACCUCUGGCCGCUACACCAGCAGCAAGCAGGAGACGACUGUCGUCGGCCAGCCCCAGCGCCUGCACAACCGCCACGGCGGUGGUGCCACCGGCACUGAGGCCAUUGCCCCCUACGGCGGUGACGACGACUACAACCGUUCCGGCUCGGGUAACCGCAGCGGAACCGUCGGCUCCUACCUCGACGACGACAACAACCGCGCCUCUGACCGCCAGCGUACCCAGGGUCGCACCGGUGCUGGAGGUUACGGCCGCUCGUCUGACGACAAGUACGGCAACGCCCUCGACGGCACGGACCACCGCGACCGCCGCAACCGCGACGACGACGACGAUGACUACCCCCGCAGCCAGGGCUUCGGCGCCGGCGGCCGUGGCGGCAUUAUCGGCGGCGUCGACCUCGACAGCGGCCGCAACAUUGUCGGAGCCGGCGGCUGGGCCGACCCCUCCGACUUCUCCUCGGGUAACAACCGUGGCACCUUUGGCCGUGGCAACAACCAGCGCGGCAACCAGCGCGACUGGGAGCGCUUCGACGACGACGACUACUCCACUGGCCAGGUCGGACGUGGCAACAACCAGCGCAACCUCGCCCAGAUUGCUGGCGUUGCGGGUGGUGCCGCUCUCGGCGGAGCUGGUGGCUACGCCGCUGGCCGCAACCGCAACAGGUACGACGACGACGAUGACGACUACUACAACCGCUCGUCCUCGAACCGCAACGUCGGCCGCAACAUUGCCGGCGCUGGCGGAUGGGCCAACCCCUCCGACUUCGGCAGUGGCAACAACCGCAACCGCAACCGCUACGACGAUGACGACGACUAUGACAACUAUGGCUCGUCGAACCGCAACCGCAACCUGAGCGGACGGGACCAGUACGGCUCGUCCCGUGGCGGCGCCUACGGCUCUGAGGGCCCCAUCGUCAUCGCCGGCGGCACCGCCGGACCGGGCUACGAGGAGCGCUUCGUCGGUGUCAUCGACGACGCGCGUCUCGGAGAGGACCAGUUCUCGUCCCACUCGCAGCGCGCCAACCCCAACCUCGACAGGUACGGCCAGCACGGCCGCACCGCCUCGGGCACCCAGGCUUCCCCCACUAGCCGCGGCCCCCCCGUCGUGACCGGCGCGUACGACAGCUACGACCAGGGAUCGGGCCCUACUGGCGCCGAGGUCGCCCACCAGUACGACCGCGUCAAGGAGCGCGACCUGCACCAGCAGCACCAGCAGGGCUCUAACACCUACGGCAGCUCUGGUACUGGCAACCGCAGCACCUCCGGCACCACCGGUACCACCGGAGGAACCAAGGAGUACUCCGGCCAGGGCGCCUCGCGCACCCAGCACGACAACACGGGCGACCUGACCGGCCGCUCUGGACACGGCGUCACCGGCUCCGCCGCCGACAAGGACCUCUCUGGCCGCAGCGCUGGCUCUGGUAUCUCGCACAGCGGCACUGCCGGCGCUGGUUCGACCGACCACAACAACCAGCACCUCCGCCAGGGUGAGGCCGGCUACGGCGCUGGAGGCCAGCAGGGCAUCCACACUGGCCCCACGACGCUGAGGAGCGGCGCGGGCACUGGAGCUGGCAUCGGCGCUACGGGCGCUGGCAGCCACGUUGCUGGUACCACUGGCACCACCGGCACUGGCACCGGCACCACGGGCACCACGGGCACUACCGGAACCACCGGUACCACUGGCUCGACCACCAGCUCUGGCCAGCACAUUCCCGGCGCUUACCACGACGCCUCGGACCGCGUCGGUACCACUGGUACCACCGGCACCACUGGAACCACCGGAACCACCGGCACGACCUCGGCUGGCGGCACCAGCGGCGGUCUCUCCGGCAUGGCCUCCAAGCUGACCGGUAACAACAACAACACCGGUACCACCGGUACUACUGGCACCACUGGUACCACCACUGGCACUACCGGUGACAACAGCAGCUCCGGCGGCCUGCUCCAGAAGGCCAAGGAGGGCGUUAGCAACCUCGUCUCGUCGGACAAGAAGUAA